GAAGUCGGCCGGGGCGGGUCCGGGGGCCUGGGGGCGUGUUGCCGACCUCUCACGGUCCCGGAAUCUGGGAAUGGCCCGCGGCCAGCCUGCCCAGCCGAGCCCAUCUGACUGCCGCCACGUGACGCCGGAAUUCGUCCUGCGCUGCCAGCCGCGCUCCCGUGGGACUCCGCAUCGGAGAGACAGAUGGGCGAGCGGAGCGCGCAGGUGCAGGAGGGUCGACUGGCCGCCAUGGGUAAGAAGCUGGACUUAUCGAAGCUGACGGACGAGGAGGCCAAACACAUCUGGCAGGUCAUUCAGAGGGACUUUGACCUCCGCAAGAAAGAAGACGACAGGCUGGGGCAGCUGAAGUCCCAAAUCAAGAAGGAAGACGUCAAGCGGGAGCUGCUGGGGGAACAGACGAGCCUCACCAACUCCUACUGCAUCCGCUGUCUGCAGCCCUUCCGAUUCCUGGUGAACAGCAAGUGCCAGUGCCGGGACUGCGGCCUGUACACCUGCAAGGCCUGCAGCCGCUACCACAAGAAGGAGCGCGGCUGGGUGUGCGACCCCUGCCGGCUGUCCAGGGUGGUGAAAAUGGGAACGCUGGACUGGUACCAUGAGCACGUCCAAUCUCGUUUCAAGCGCUUUGGCAGUGCCAAGGUGAUGAGGUCACUGUACAGAAGGCAGCACGGCAGCGGGCAGAGUCUUCACCCGGAGUUCUUUGCUCUGCAGGAUGAAGACACGUUAAGCAUGCCAGAAAACCACGGGUUCGAUUUGUGUGAUGCUGCUGAAGGAGGCGACAGCGUCAUUGAUGCUUCUGAAGCUCAACACUACAAAAUGAUGAGAAAGAAGAAGCGCCUCCUCUCCGUCCAUCCCCUGGAUUUCGACCUGGACUCGGAGUACUCCGCUCAGUCCCGCCGAGAGUCCUUCCAGUACACCUCGGGAUUGGACGCCGUUACCCCGAAGGAGCCCGCGAUUGCCGAGGCAGACGUCACCUCCAUGUUUCAGCAGAUCCUGGAGGAGCAGAGGCAGCAGGGCGAGGAAGAGCCAGCCACGGAGCUGCAGCUGCACGGCGGUUCUCAAAACAGUCCUGCCAGCUUGACGAGCCACCCGCCUCGCUCUCGCUACUCUGCUGACAUGGACACCUCUGACGAGGAGCCUGAAGCUCGAUUCCCAGUAUACCAGAGCCACUUCCACCACAGGAGGAGCCGGGAAUCCCCUCCAGAAGGCGAGGAGUCGACCCCUCAGAUUUCUGAACUCAACAAACGAAUGUCUGCCAUCGAGCGUCUACUCACUCGCCUCGAACGGGAAAUUGCAAUGCCAUCAGAGAAGGACCUCGUUCAAGGAGCUCAAUCUGACGCUGACCUGGAAGAAAACCAACUAAAACUGAAGCUCAAUGAACUGGCUGGGAAUAUCAGUGACAAAGGCCUUACGUCUGACGAAGAGGACGCCGGGAAUGGCCUCGUGACGAUGAGGAGUCUGCCCAACGUAGGCCUCUCAAGUGAGGCAAAGCAGAUCCCCUGUGGAGUUAAGGACACAGUGCAGCCCACUCAGCGGCCAUCACCACCAUCCCAGGAUCAAAGGCUGGGCAAUGAAGCAGGCGAGACACGGCAGCAGCUUGAUGCGCAUGUGUCUGAUAUUGAAAGCCGAAUAGCCGCCUUACAUGCAGCUGGUAUGUCGGUGUCCACACAAGAAGAGUCCAGAAAGAAAACUUUAAAGCAGACAUCAACUGGUGAGGAGGUGAUGCCAAAGGCGCUCUUCAAGGCCGCUCGAGAUCAAUGUAAAACAAAUACUUUUGACCGCAAUGACGUGUACCGGAGUUCACUAACCCAAAGGAAUCCAAGCUCCAGGACGAAACGAAGCCCCGUUUACGCGAAGCCAGUAAUGGCGCACCACACAUGAACAAUGAAGUAGAAACGAUCCUUUCACUGCCACAUCAUGAAUCCAAAAGGCCAAGACUCAAGAAAGUUUUACUUUACUGCUACCUUGAAUAACUUCAUCUAUGAAAAGCAAAGAGUUCAUUUAGAAAAGCGGACUCCGUUCUGUAAUAUUUGCUGCGACGAGGAGCAUGAAAGUAGCUCCAGAAUUACAGUUGUUAUGAACCAAACCCUGAAUUUCCUUGAUUCCUUUCAUGCAAUUAGCCCGCCAUUUUAAUGUGUUGUGCUCUGAGAUGUUGUGUGUAUUUCGCCUUUUUGAUUGCUUUCUAUUGUAUGUUGGUAACCCAGUGCAUCUCCAGUAUUAAAGAGACAAACAAAUAUUA